AUGGUCAACUCCUUCUUUUCCCUCCUGUCAGCCAUCGGCCUGGUCAAAUCAUCAUCCAUAUCUCUAAACGGUACCGCCAAUAAUGCAGUGUCGAACACCAACAACAAUGGUAAUUGGCCUGAACCCGAACCAUGCACGGGUAAUUGUACCUUCAUCCACGAUCCCUCCAUCAUCAAGCGGGAGGAUGGCACGUUCUUCCGUUUCUCGACAAACGGAAACAUCGCCAUUGCUUCAGCGCCCAGCAUGACUGGGCCAUGGGAGUACUUAGGUGCCAUGUUACCCGAGGGUAGUGUCAUUCAAGUGACUGAGAAUCAAGAGAUUUGGUGCCCCGACGUCUUCCUCAUAAACGAUACAUAUUAUGCGUACUAUGCCGUCUCUCGCAGCGGUUUACAAUCAUCAGACAUCGGCGUCGCAACCUCUAAAACCCUCGAACUAGGCACCUGGACAGAUCACGGUUCUCUAGGCCUGCCCAAGAGCCAAUCCUACAACCUCAUCGACCCAAACAUCUUUCGCGAAUCGCCUUCCGCUCCGUCAAUCUACUUCGCUUUUGGCUCUGCCUGGCAUGGAAUCUAUCAAACGCAACUCUCAUGGCAGAAUCCACUGUCUCAAUCCGACGAAAUCGGUUCUGGCGCCAAAAACGUCGCGUACAACGAUACCAACCCGGCAAGCAGUGACACACUCGCGAUCGUCGAGGGAGGGUUCCAAUUCUGGUGGCCCGUCAAUGACAUAAAGUACUACUACCUCUUCUUCUCGAGCGGGGCGUGCUGUAAUGAUGCCGACGACCUCGCAGCGCCCGGAGAUGAGUACAAGAUUAUGGUCUGUCGAGCGAUAGACCCUAUAGGUCCGUUCGUCGAUCGAGACGGUAAAGACUGUGCAACUGAGAAUGGGGGCACUUUGCUCCUCGGAAGUCAUGGUGAUAAAGUAUAUGCUCCAGGUGGGCAGGGAGUCAUCCUUGACGACUCGGAAGAUGGCAUGGGGAGAGUUGUGCUUUAUUAUCAUUACGUCAAUCCGAUUAUAGGUUACAAGUUCGAGGAUUUCCAAUUCGGGUUCAAUUACUUGGACUUCAGCAGCGGGUGGCCUGCUGUUGUCUCGUGA